GGAACCACAAGUGGCUCUGCUUCAAGAGUUACGUGCGUGACCAGCAACUACAUAAAAUCUAUCUCCUUCACAUGUAAGAAAAUUAAUAUGGCUAUAAAUGCCCUUAAGCUUUCGCGCGGUCAUGGAGCAGACGGGAUUCCAUCCUUUCUCUACAAAUACGGUGGUCCAGAUAUUCCACUUCUUCUUCUAAAGCUGUUUACUCUCUCUAUGGAAACUGGUUCUUACCCUUACUGUUGGAAAACCGCGUACAUCAUACCACGUUAUAAAUCUGGAGAUAAGACUGACAUGAACAAUUAUCGGCCAAUAAAUAUUACUCCAGUGAUCUCUAGGAUUAUGGAGAAAAUUGUAAGUGAUGAACUUUCCAACUAUUUACUCGCUGGAAACUUUAUCAAUGAUACUCAACAUGGAUUUCUCAAAAAUCGAUCUUGCAUGACAUGUCAUUUCGACUUCUUUAAUUUAGUCUACUCUCUACGUAGCCAAGGAUAUCUAGUCUUAGUGCUAUAUCUGGACAUUUCUAAGGCCUUUGACAUGGUUAACCACCAACUUCUUAUAGGCAAACUUGCAUCUUAUGGGGUUCAAAAUCCUUUGCUAGAUUGGAUUGAUUCAUUUCUCAGCAAUCGACAUCAAAUAGUUAAAAUUAACUCUUCAUUGUCUAACGCUGUCCCCGUUAGAAGUGGUGUAAUACAAGGUAGUGUCUUAGGCCCUUUGCUCUUUUUAGUGUUUAUCAAUGACAUUUGUGAAAAUUUUUGUGUAGGUAAGCCCCUUCUAUAUGCAGAUGAUCUUAAACUAGUAUAUUCAUUUUCUCCACAUGAGCUGGAAAAUAUGCAAACUUGCAUCAACUUGGAGCUUAACAAGGUAGCCCAGUGGUGCUUAAAAUGGCAACUGGAACUUAAUACGGCUAAAUGUGGAUGGAUAUGUUUCGGCGAUACAUCACUUAACCUAGACCUUACCAUAAAUGGAGAAAUGUUAACUAGGUUACAUACAGUAGUAGACUUAGGACUUAGAUACUCCCAAGACUUAUCGCUUACAGAACAGAUAUCGAAACAGACCUCCAAGUCACAACGACUAGUAGGUUACAUAAUUCGAAACCUUCAUAACAAUGAAUCACGAAUUUUAAUGUACAAAGUUUGUGUUCGACCUCUUCUAGAAUAUUGCACGUUUAUUCUUAGCAGUGCGCGCAUAAAGGAUAAAUUAAGGCUGGAAUCAGUACAGAGACGAUUUACACUUCGUAUUCUUGGAGCUGAUUGUUCCUUAACUUAUAAUUCUAGAUGUAAAAAACUAGAGCUAGACUCUUUAUGGAAGAGGAGACUCAAACUAAAUCUUAUUUUUUUCUUCAAACUACUUAAUAAAUUAUCCUUUACAUCCAAUCAUGUAAUUCAAUAUGCAGAGACUCCUCAUUAUGAAACCCGUAAUUCCUUGGCACUUGUGAAACAAACUUAUUCUAAAUCAUCUCUUUAUAUGAAUUACUUUGCCUGUAAAUUUUCUAGACUCUGGAAUAACCUACCAGAACAUAUCCGUACGAUAAAAUCACUCCCAUUAUUUGUACGUUGCAUCGAUGCAUAUUGCUCCUCCGAAAAUGCAUUGAAUGCUCUAGCACCCGCAAGUGUAUCUCACUCCACAAGUGUUAUUAUAGGAACUUUAAAUGUUUAGGCAUUUUUAUUAGUGCAUUCUCUGGAUAAAACCACCUACUCGCUGUCACUUUAUGUUAAUACCGUCCCCAGCUAGUUUAACUAAUUUGAAUAUCAUCAACAGUAUAUCACUGUGUCACAUGACAUACGCAUUUUGAUAGAUCUGAUUGACAAAUUUCGGUAAUUACUGCUUUGUUGUUCCGUGCUCUCUGUUUUCGUUUUAAUUUCUCUAGUUGUAGAUAUUUAUCAUUAAAUCGAUCUGGCACACGAAAUGACCUUAAUUACAUCGUUUAUAAAUCAACAGACAGUCCAGUUAAGAAAUAUUACAUGUUCCCGGCUGAUACAUUGGAUCGCUGUAAUACCCAAACAAUUACUGAACUAGUAAACUUAAAACUCAUAACACAUGUUUGUUCUGUACAUAUAAUGAUAUUAUUUAUAUCAAAUUGAUCAUGCCUGUAAACUGGCGUGAAUUCUGUAAUUAUAAUUUUUUCAGAAUAUAAAUUAUUAUUAUUAUUAUU